UGCAGAGGGCUGUAGACUCAGCCAGCUCCAUCACGGGAACAACACUCCAUCUUCAAGAGGCAGUGCCACAAGAAGACGUCAUCCAUCAUUAAGGACCCUCACCAUGCCCUCGUCACGUUACUACCACCGGGGAGGAGCAUAAAAAAAAUGAAUGCCACCAUUGACCCCUCCAACAUGAACACCUCCAAUUACAACUCCAACUUGAGUACGUCCUCGCCAGGCAAGUGUUUACGAAAUACGCAGAUCACCCAGGUAGUGUUUCCUGUACUCUACACUUUCCUCUUCGUCAUCAGUAUGGGCUUAAACAGCCUGGCCAUCAGAAUCUUCUCACAGAUCCCAAGCAACUCCACCUUCAACGUUUUCCUGAAAAAUAUCGUCGCUGCUGAUUUUUUCAUGACUUUGACACUCCCUUUUAAGAUUCUCAGCGACAGCCAACUAGCACCCUGGCAGGUGAGGUGGUUUGUGUGUCGCUUUUCGUCAGUGGUCUUCUACUUCACCAUGUAUGUCAGCAUCAUUCUUCUGGGGCUGAUCAGCUUUGAUCGGUUCCUCAAGAUCACCAGGCCCUUUGGGAAAUCGUGCUUGCACAAGACUGGAUUCAGCAAGUUUCUGUCUGUAGUCAUUUGGGUCAUCAUGUUUCUUUUAUCCCUUCCCAAUAUGAUCUUGUCAAAUAAGGAGCCAACAGCAGAGUUGGUAAGGAAGUGUGCACAUCUGAAGGGUCCAGCUGGAAUAACAUGGCACGCCAUUUUAAAUUACAUCUGUCAGUUCAUCUUCUGGGUGGUGUGCAUAAUUGUGGUAGUGCUGUAUACCAUAAUAUCCAAGAAGGUCUACGAGUCCUACGUCAGGUCCAAAAGUAAAGACGGCCAAACCCAGAGAAAGACGAAAGCCAAGGUGCUCCUCAUUGUGGUGGUCUUCUUCACUUGCUUUGCACUGUUCCAUUUUGUCCGACUGCCUUACACGUUUAGCCAGAUGGGCAAAGUAAGGGACUGCAGGACACAGAACAUGCUGUACUACAUCAAAGAGACAGGGCUCUGGCUCUGUGCCUCAAACACCUGCCUGGAUCCUUUACUUUACAUUUUCCUGUGCAAGGCAUUCAGGAGCAAGAUAUGCAAAAAACGCAAAGACAGAGCGAACAUAAUGAUGACUUUAAGAACGACACAAAGCACAAUAAAUGAAGAUCAAAUGACAUAAGAACACCUUCUAAAUGGAGCUCCAAAAGAUUUUAUUUUCUAUUUUCACCCAAGUGCUUCAUCAUCUGAUAUUCCAUUGACUUAAUCGGAAUCAGUGGGGUAGAGCUGUGUGUACAGCCACUGGUCAAUGUCCUUGCAUCUGCUCAGCGCCAAUAAUCAGACAAAUUUCUCUAACCAGGGUCCAUUAACAAUUUUUCUGUUUGAGAAAGCGUUGUAACAUGUAAUAGUUUGUUAUUGAUGGUGAUCAUUGA